UGCGUCGAGUUGGCUGAUGCAACUAAAUUUCGCAUGUGACAUUACGAUUGAAGACGAAAUAUAUUACUUUUUGUAAGGGUUUUGUUUCACUAAUCUUUCAAAAUGGCAGAAGAUGAGAUGAUGUUCGAUCCUACUAUGAAAAAGAAGAAGAAGAAAAAGAAGAUGCCUUUAGAUUUGGAUGGAUUUGAGGCAGAYUCUGCCAACCAAGAGGUAGAAAAAACGAACGAACCCGAAGAAAUACCAGAGAAAGAUAUUUCUCUUGAUCUUGAUGAUUUUUCUGAUCUCAAAAAGAAAAAGAAGAAAAAGAAGAAGGUGUUUGAUAUGGAAGGACUAGAUACAGCAUUAUCGGAAAACACAGGAGAGCCUGGUGAUAAAGGAGGCAAGGAUGAUGAUCAGGGUGUUGAUGACUUUGAUUUAAGUCUUCCUAUGAAGAAAAAGAAGAAGAAAAAAAAGAUCAUAGAUAUCGAUGCAGUUCCUGAAAAAUCUCCUGAAAAUGGUGCAGAUUCAGGAGAAGAAGAGGCUGAAAACUAUGAAGAUAUCAAUAAUGUAGAAGACAGAGACUACACCUAUGAUGAGCUUUUAGACAGAGUGUUUGAAAUUAUGAGAGCAAAAAAUCCAGACAUGGUUGCAGGAGAAAAGAGAAAAUUUGUAAUGAAACCUCCACAAGUUCUUAGAAUAGGCUCAAAAAAGACAUCUUUUGCAAACUUUACUGAUAUUUGUAAAAUAUUGCAUCGUCAACCAAAACAUUUAUUAGCAUUUUUGUUAGCUGAGUUAGGAACAAGUGGUUCCUGUGACGGCAAUAAUCAACUAAUAAUCAAGGGACGCUUUCAACAAAAACAGAUUGAAACUGUCUUAAGGCGAUACAUUAAGGAAUAUGUGACUUGUCAUACUUGUCGAUCACCUGAUACAAUUCUACAGAAAGAAACUCGCUUGUUUUUCCUACAAUGUGAAACAUGUGGAUCUCGCUGUUCUGUGGCAAGCAUAAAGUCAGGAUUCCAGGCUAUUACAGGGAAGAGAGCACAGUUAAAGAAUAAGCAGCAGUAGAAUUCACAGUGAUCGUGUUAUUUGGAUUAAAGACAAUGGUUUCUUCAUUAGAGGAAACAAACAAACAAUGUUGCUGUAUAAUACUGAAUGUCACAUGAUUUAGAGCAAAUAUCCAUGAAAUAAACUGGAAUAAGAGAA